AUGAUGGAAAGAAUAAGAAAAGAGAUGAUCCUGAUGGAACGAGGGCUGCACAGCCCUACGGCUGGCAAAAGGCUGGCGAAUUUGUCCGACUCGGCUGGCAACGUGGUAUUGGAGGCCCUCGAAAAUUCGCCCCACGGCGGCCGCCUGAGCCCGAGACUGACUUCCGCUUCUCUGCACACCUCUUUAGGGGACAUCCCUGCCAAAGGGAAAUUCGAAAUAGACACUUUAUUCAACCUUCAGCACCAGAGCAGCGAAAGCGGCGUCGGCGUCGCCACCUCGGAGCUGCCUCCCUCGGAAGGGAGGAAGAAGAUUAGCCAUUACUCAGAAGUUGCUCAAGAGGCAGAUAUGAACAGCGACGUGGAGGUGGGCUGCUCUGCGCUCCGCUCCCCCGCCAGCCUCACUUCCUCCCAGCUGAAGGAAAACAAUAACAAAGGUAACUCUCUCUCUCCCUUUCUCCCUCUCUCCCCGUCUACCCCGGCGCCACCACCCCACCCCACUCCAAAGCGGGCGUUUACUGGGGUAAGAACUUGGGUGGGGUGGGGGGAGAUAGGGAGAAGAAAUCCAAGGCGCCCUGACACCCCCUCCAGCUUUUCCUGGAGAAGAUCAGGAUUUUAAGCAGCACAUUAAAUACCAAGGGAUCGUCAGCUGGUCCUUUAUGGAACAGGCAGGUACAAUAUGGCUAUUCAAAUGUGGAAGCCUCUUUGGCGUGUUACUGUGCUUCUCAAGACCAGGCAGUCUAUCCAGGGUGCUAAAGGGAUCUCCAGUCUGACCUGCACACUCCCGCACGCUGAGUUUCUAGAAUCUAUACCGAAGUGAACAGGACUGUCAUGGUGUAUUUGUGACCACCAAACGUUGCACACCUUCUGAGUGUAUCUGGGCAUAUCUUCCACAAUAUUUCUCCUGUUUGUUUUGGAGAACGAAGUGCCACUUACACCGUUUUUUUUGUUUUUAUUAAAAAAACACACCAGUCUGUUUCUCUACGGAGUGUGUAGACAGGUGUUUCUUGCGCAAUUUUGGUACUGUGUAAUUAUAAAAUACAGCUCAUAACGGGGCAUCUUCAAGACGGCAAUUAGAGGCUGCAUUUAGAGUCCAGAGCGAGUUUCUAUUCCUAGGAAGAUUCUUUUGUGUGUCUGUCUGACUUUCUCUUUGAUGCUUUCACUAAAAAUGCAGUUACGUAUUAUCGUUAUUUUUAAUGCAUUAGGUGUUUCUCCUUCCCGCUAUGUCCGCCCCACCCCCAAGCCAAAAUAGUAUUUCUCUGGGCAUUGUUAACUUCGAUCCUACAGUUAAUACAGCGUAAUCUCUCAAAGCGCGGUAGCAACUUUUUCGAAGCGUCCGUUAGGAAAUAGAUCCUAACUGGAGGCAACUUACAAAUUUAUAACCACAGAUCAAUCUUUCUAGGACGCGGGGGCUGUUUACCUUUCGCCCAAAGGUAUCCUACGAUGAAAUUCACUUACAGUGCGAACUGGCACGCCUUUGGGUUUUUAGGGACACCAUUUGGUUCCCACGAAAUAAAAAGUAAAGGGAAGCAGGGACAGGAAAAGACGAGCGAAGUCUCCGCUGGAGGGACGCUUUUAGGAAAACGCCUGCCUUAACUUUGUUCCUCGGUUAAUUUGCUCCGCAGAGCAGAGAGAGUUGCAUUUAUUUAUUUCACAAGAAGGCGUCUAGUUUGCUUAUGAAGCCAUGUUUAAAAAAGAAAAGAGAAAAGAAAAGGAAGAAAAGAAAAGAAACUUUUAUUGAUUCUAUUAACAGCGGCAAUUUGUAUCCAUGACAGCCAGCAUUAAUUAUCAGGGAGAGCCCAGAUUGCCAGCGGCGCCUGCCGCUUGGUUGAAACCCGCCUGCCAGCUCAUCCCUUCUUCUCCUGGAGAACAGCCAUCGCUCUUUGAUGCUUUCUCACUGCUGUCAUUGUUGUUGCUCCGUAGGAUAUUCCGAGAGCAGCUCCACGCCCAGCACCACCACCUCGUCCUCGGGUUCCAGUUUAAGCAGCCUCCACGGCGGCAGCGCCUUGGGGAACUCCAGCUCCGGAGCGGAUCAAGUGCGGAGGUACCGCACCGCCUUCACCCGGGAGCAGAUCGCUCGGCUGGAGAAGGAGUUCUACCGGGAGAACUAUGUCUCUCGGCCCAGGAGGUGCGAGCUGGCCGCGGCUCUCAACCUGCCGGAGACUACCAUCAAGGUACCGUAGUGUAUCAGGGCAAGCCGGGGCUGCGGGAGGCGAGGGAGGCUGCCGGCUGGCUCCUGGCUUUGCGCGCGCUCUGUUUUUCUUUCGGGUUCUUAAACCACCAGAGCUCCAGCCUCGGUCCAGCUGCGCCUUGCGGGCAGCGAAAGAGGCCGCGUUUGACGUCUCCGCUUCUUCAAGGCCAAGGAGAAUAGAAAAAGGCACCAGAAAAAUGAGCAGAGAACUCCACUCUUCCCACCAGAUUGUUUAGCUAUUUUCAACCUCGUCUCUCUCUCCCCGCCCCCUCUGAGAUAGACAGUCUUUUCCCAUUGUUUCUCGCAUUUUCAAAAGGUUUAUUAAAAAAUAAAAAAAUAGGAGAAAGGUAGUUAAUGUGAAACAUAUUUUUUUUAAUAACUGGAGUCGAUUUAGAAAUGGAUCACACGCCGUUAUUCCCUCAGAUGGUUUCUAUUCCAUUUGCUGAUUCUUCUCUACCUCAUCUGAGAGGAAGAGGCAAAUGGCUGCGCUCUAUCCUUGGACGAGUUUAAUUGGAAGUAAGUCGCACUAUGUUCAACCGGGCUUACUUACUCGCGGGUAAACGUGCCUAGGAUCGCAGUCUGAGGUGAGAAGGCCCUACCUUCGACACCGUAAAGAAUCGGGAGAAAUGGAAACCUUAAUAGUUUUGCAGUAAUCAAACCGUGUUUGGCUUUUUCGGUUUUUAAAAAAACACACGAACAUUUGGUUUCUGUAGCCGGACCAAAUCGUUUCCGAAUGAAUGGUUUCGAAUCACGUGCUAUAUAUUGCGCUAUGGGAAAAACAGAAGGGAGCCAAGGUAAACCGGAAGACCAGAAACAUCCAUAUAUUUCGUUGCAAAGGGUAUUUUCCGUGGGCAGAACUCUCAGCCUUUUCAAUAAGCAGAUAUGGAGACUUAUUGCCUGUUUUGGUCGUUGAAAAUAAAUGUAGCGUUGAUAAGGGUUUGCAACUUGAUCUGCAAUCUUGGUCAUUUAUUUUUUUUUAAAAAAGGUUUAUUUAAAAAGGUUUGUUAAAAAUGAAUAACUUUGAAAAAACAUCAACCCAGUGCUCCCACUGAAUUCAGUUAGGCUCAAUCGAAAUAAGAGAGGGCUGACAUCCCUGAUUAUAUUUUAAUACGGAAUGGGAGCGGGGGAACGGUUUCAUUUUUGAGAUCGAAGACAGCGCAGCCACGGUAGUUUCUCAGGGAUGGUUGCUCGGCAGGGGAAAGUUUCCCGACCCCGGCGGCGCGCAAAGAAGGGGCAAAGAAGUAUUUUCAUAUCUCUGCGGCCUAAAAGUUCAAACGGAAGAAGCGCGGAGCCCGGCGAAGAGCCUGAAUCGAGCGGGCCAGCCAAGUUGGGGAGGUUUAAGGCUGGUUCAAAAACCUAACUUAGGCCAUGUGGGGCAAGCAAUGUCCCUGGCGAGGAGGCGGCUUAGCACUGCCAGCUGCGCCUCGUGGCGCAAGGGCUGCGCCAGGCUUCGCAUCUGACCCCGCGGCAGAGGGAGGGGGCGUGGCGCGCUGCUGUGGAUCUGCUGCCGUUUCUAAGCCGUCCUAUCCUCUGUGUGUCCCCCCCACCUCCCUAUUCGCUGCCCCACAUCUCCCCCCCUCUCUCCCCCCUUCCCCCGCACUCCACCAGGUGUGGUUCCAGAACCGACGGAUGAAGGACAAGAGGCAGCGGCUGGCCAUGUCGUGGCCCCACCCGGCGGACCCCAGCUUCUACACGUACAUGAUGACCCACGCGGCGGCCACGGGGAGCCUGCCUUACCCGUUCCAUUCCCACGUGCCCCUGCACUACUACCCGCACGUCGGGGUGACGGCGGCCGCGGCCGCUGCUGCGGCGUCGGGGGCCACCGCCUCACCUUUCGCCACCUCCAUCCGCCCUCUGGACACCUUCCGCGCCCUCUCGCACCCUUACUCCCGGCCCGAGCUGCUGUGCAGCUUCAGACACCCGGGCCUGUACCAGUCGCCCGCCGCCGCCGCCGCCGGCCUCAACAGCAGCGCCGCCGCCUCGGCCGCUGCAGCUGCAGCCGCGGCCGCAGCCGCCGCCGCCUCGACGGCUCCUCCGGCCGGCUCCGCGCCCUGCUCCUGCCUCAGCUGCCACAGUAGCCAGUCGGCGGCGGCCGCAGCCGCGGCAGCCCUGGGAUCGCGCGCCUCCGGCUCGGAUUUCACCUGCACCGCGGCCGGAGCGGCGGCGGCGGCCGCCUCGCAGCGCUCGGAGAGCGGCUUCCUGCCUUACUCGGCCGCCGUGCUCAGCAAGACCGCCGUCCCUUCCCCAGACCAGCGGGAGGAGGCCGCCUUGACCAGAUAA